UCAUGCAGCAUCAACGCUUUCACUCCUAACGCAACACACAUUUUGAACGCACGCCGUGAAUGAAUUCUACGCAUGGGAACUUGGGUGCUGCUAGGCUGUGCGCUGAUCGCAUUCUCAUUUCACCCGUAGACGCUGUUUGGCGCGCAGCUCACAUCUUCAAUAUCGCGUCGGGCGGAGCAUCGCAGCAUAAGUGCAUACACACAUACAUACAUACGAAAAUCUGUGUAGAACGCUUCUCCACAUAAGAACCACAUCAGCUAUUGCCGCAACCCACCAACGCUGGCCAGCUACAAUGCAAUUUGCUACUUCAACCGUUUCGGUGCUGUGCUUCCUGUUUGCCAACCUUCCAUCACUGCUGGGGGCCGCAACGCGCCAUCCAUUGCCUUCACUGCGUUCACACCAUUGGCGCCCAUCACCACUGCCCUGCUCCGACUACGAGAUGCUAAUCAUCAAUACGAAUUACUGCGUCUCGCGCUGUCCUAUCCGUUGCAUAAAUGGGCGAUGCUUUGAGGAUGGGGACUGUCCCUGCUCCGCGUACUAUCAAACCUCUUUCGAGAAGGAAGCACUGGUAUGCGCUGCCGAAUGUUUGCCUGGCUGCCAGAGCGCCGGUGGUUUUUGUGCAGCGCCUGAUCUUUGUCUCUGUAGCCGCAAGGGCUAUUAUUUCGAUGCGGUGGCGCGUCGUUGCCGCAAAUACCACCUUUUCAGCGAUCGUUGUUUCGGGCGUUGUUUGUAUGGAAAAUGUACAGCGAACGGGGAAUGCGUUUGUGCGCAAGGAUAUGCGGUUCAGGAGACGGUAUUCGGGCAGCUGUGUGCACCCGUGUGUAAACAAGACUGCGGCAAAUAUGGCUUUUGUUAUCUGCCGAAUAUGUGCGCCUGUCGAAAGAAAGACUAUCACUACGAAUAUGACGGCAAGUGCCAUGCGGACUACAUCCAUCUGGAGCAAUGAAAUUAAUUGGGCAAACCAAUAUUUUAUUUUGACUGAAUUUAAUGCAUAGUUUAUAGUUAUUGCUUUUAUGUUGCUUUUAGGUUAUCACCAUUA